AUGGAUUUGGACAUUGAAAUGGGCGAUGUCGAGCAAGAUGCGCUCGACACCGAUUUGGCGCGGGCAGACGACAUUCUGCAACCUGAAGAGCUCGAGGAACCUGGCGAAGUUGCCGACGACGUACCGCAGAUCGACAAUGACGAGUCUAGCGCUGAGGUCCCUACAAAGAUCCACAUCCGGGGACUCAAUACUUUGCACACAGACGACGUGAAGGCCUACGUCAAGACGCACUUUGGCUCGGUAGACAGGGUGGAAUGGAUUGACGAUGUCUCGGCCAACCUUGUCUUCAGCUCAGAGCCCACGGCCCGCGAGGCAAUUGUAGCGCUCAGUUCCAUCGAGGUUGCCGACGCGACGGCCCUCGCCGCUGGUGAGACACUCCCGGCCAAGCCCUUGGACGGCAAGCCAGAAGUUUCCCUGCAGGUGCGCUUCGCCCUCAGAAGCGACAAGAAAGAGGCCGGCGCCGCCAUGCGAAGCCGCUAUUACCUCCUCCAUCCUGAGCACGACCCCGAAGAGAGGCGGCGACGGCAGCACGAGAAUCGGUCGAGGUACCGCGACCGGGACGGCGAAUCCGGCCGCGGUGACAGGAGACGGCGCGGUUCAAGCGUUCAUAAACCCGAGCCCUUUGAAGCGAGCAUGUACGACGAUGCGCCAUCACAGCCGAGGCGCUACUCGGACCCAGAAGAACGUGCCAGAUCAUACGCCAAGGAGAACCUCGGCAAGGAGUUGUUUCAGGACCGCGCUGCAAGAAGAGAUAGAUCAGCCUCGCCGCGGCGAGAAUACGACGAUGGAGUGCGCAUGGAUCUCAUGGCUUCCUCGUCGCGGAGGAACAGAGACCACGCGCGCGCCGUCAAGGGUCGCCUUUCCGAUAACAGUACCAAAGAGCUCUUUCCCACCAAGUCAUCUGGCAGAGGCGGGCAGUUAGAUGAGCUGGAGCGCUCCAUUGGUUCGGCCAGCCUGCGAGAAGAGGACAUGCCCAAGGUGGUAUCAGCCCCUGUCGCUUCCACGACAGGCGUGUUCAGUAUUCGUGGUCUCGCAAGCCAGCGCCGCGGCGGCGAGUCUGGUAGCUUCUCCAUCAAGGGGGCGGCAGCCAGCGCAAAAGAGCUGUUCCCCGACCGGCUAGGGGGGGGCAACGCCGGCAAAGAGCUGCUGGACACGAAGCGGUCCAAUCAGAGACAAAAGGCGCAGGACCUGUUCUCGUGA